GCUUCAGCCAAAGAAACCUUUCAAUUUGUACAUUAGAACCCAUUACCAAAAUUCGAAGCUUUUUUUUCUUUUUUAGAAGAAAUACCUAGCUAAUUACCAAAAAAAAAAAAAAAAAAAAAAAAACCUUUUUUUAUAAUUUUUUUUCUUUGGUAAUUGAAAGAAAAUGAGAAAGCGUCAAGUUGUUCUUAGAAGAUCAGAAGAACCCUCAAGGGAGACUGCGGCUUCCUCUUUCACAGUAAGGAGUAUAAGAUAUGGGGAGUGUCAAAAGAACCACGCCGCCGGGGUCGGAGGUUAUGCCGUUGACGGGUGUCGAGAAUUCAUGGCAAGUGGCGACGAAGGGACGACUGCUGCACUGACUUGCGCCGCCUGUGGUUGCCACCGGAACUUCCAUAGAAGACAAGUUGGUACCGAGAUAGUUCGUGAUUGCUCUUCAUCACCCUCAAAUGGAACUUAAAAUAACUUCAGUGUGUAUGGUGAGGAUUUUUUUUGGGGGGUGCUUAAUAAACAAAAAAAUUUCUCUACAUGGGGUUUGAGAGUACUUGAGAUUCUUCAGCUUUGUUGUUGUGUUGCUUGAAUUAUUAUUUUUCAAAAAAUUUCUUGUGUUGGGAUGAACUUGACUUGAACUGAAAUUAUGUGUUUUGUGUAAUUGGGUCCUUAAUGAAAAGGCCAAAACUUUGAAAUUAUGUAAAUUUUUUCCAUUAUAUCUCUUUUGAAUUAUAUGUAUUUGAUUUGAGUGAAUCAAAUUAUCUUUUGGAGAUUGGAA